AUGGCGGACCAGGCAGACGGUGAAACUAUCGGGUUCAACGACAACAGAAUGGCGCAGCAGCCAGUGCGGUUCCGUGGCCCUGCGCCCUCCCAGACCCCGGUAUUACGGGGUCCUCCCCCGCUUCUCAGGCCACCGCCCCCUCCUUUCGGAAUGAUGCGAGGACCGCCGCCGAGAACCCCUUUUGGACGGCCACCCUUUGACCCUAACAUGCCGCCCAUCCCACCACCGGGAGGCAUGCCCCCGCCCAUUGGACCUCCCCACUUACAGAGACCCCCAUUCCUUCCCCCUCCAAUUGGAAACUUGCCCCCACCUCCAGGGAUGUUGUUUCCUCCUGGGAUGCCCCCGGUUCCUGGAACUGGGAAUCCUGCGCUCAACCCUACCGAGGAGAUCUGGGUGGAGAACAAAACUCCAGAAGGAAAGGCAUAUUAUUACAAUGCCAGGACAAGGGAGUCUUCAUGGAGUAAACCAGAGGGUGUGAAGGUCAUCCAGCAGUCAGAGCUCAACCCUCUGCUCGUAGCUGGUCCUGGGCCUGCAGGGACUGGGGCAAGUGCAUCAGGGGCACCCGUGACCGUCAGUUCAAGCAGUGUCAACACUACAGCCAGCACGACAGUGGCUGUUACAUCAAGCGAGGCUCCUUCACCGACUCCUCCUCGCACACUCACCUCCAGCCCAGACUCCACUACCACGCCAACUCCCUCUGUCUCCAUUGCAGCCACUGUUGUAGCAGACCUUACUCCUGUUGCCUCAGUGACCUCAAGUGUUGCUGUGUCCCCGGUCGCCGUGGUGACUGUUUCCACGGUGCCGUCGUCAGUCACAGCGGUGCAGACAAUGCCAUUGCUCCCUGCCGCUCUGCCUCACAGUGUGGCCCAGCCCAGUGCAGCCAUACCUGCCUUCCCCCCUGUCAUGGUGCCACCCUUCAGAGUGCCCCUACCUGGCAUGCACAUCCCUUUACCAGGUGUAGCAAUGAUGCAGAUAGUAGGCACGCCCUAUGUAAAGGCAGGCCCCAGCGCCAACGGUAUGCUUCCUGGGAUGGCUCCACCCCUGGUUCCCAUGAUGCACCCUCAGCUGGCUCUCACAGCAGCCCCCGGCUCCCUUGCUGGAUCGUUGCAGCUCCCUGAGUGGUCAGAGUAUAAAACCGCAGAUGGGAAGACCUACUACUACAAUAACCGAACACUGGAGUCCACUUGGGAGAAACCACAGGCCCUGCUGGACAAAGAGAAAGAGGCUGAGAAGGCAAAGGAGCGUCUGGCCCAGGAAGAAGCUGAAGCCAUGGAGAUGGAAGAUGAAGAGAGCAAGGUGGACAACACCAGUGAGAAGGAGGAGCCCAAAGAGGAGGAGAUGACAGAAGAAGAAAAAGCUGCUCAGAAAGCCAAACCUGUCGCUACCAACCCUAUCCCUGGAACUCCCUGGUGUGUGGUGUGGACGGGUGAUGAUCGUGUGUUCUUCUACAACCCCACCACACGGCUUUCCAUGUGGGACCGGCCUGAGGAGCUGGUUGGUCGAGCUGAUGUGGACAAGAACAUCCAGGAGCCACCACACAAGAGAAGCCUGGAAGAUGGCAAGAAGACGGGUGUCAAUAAGGAGGAGCCAGAGGUUGCAGUAGGUGCUGAAGAGAAUCAGGAGGAUGAGCCAAUCAAAGCCAAGAAAAGAAAGAAGGAGGAUAUAAAAGAGGGCGACUCAGAAAAGGAAGCAGCAAUGGAGGCAGAGCUGAGGGCAGCCAGAGAAAGAGCUGUAGUGCCGCUAGAGGCCCGAAUGACCCAGUUCAAAGACAUGCUUUUGGAAAGAGGGGUGUCAGCCUUCUCUACAUGGGACAAAGAGCUGCAUAAGAUCGUGUUUGAUCCUCGCUACCUUCUGCUCAACCCUAAGGAGAGGAAACAGGUGUUUGAUCAGUACGUGAAGACAAGAGCUGAGGAGGAAAGGAAGGAGAAGAAGAACAAACUGAUGCAUGCCAAAGAUGAGUUCAGGAGGAUGAUGGAGGACGCCAAGCUCAACCCUAGGACAACAUUCAGUGAAUUCGCAGUGAAGUACGGCAGAGACCCACGGUUUAAGACCAUAGAGAAGAUGAAGGACAGAGAGGCUAUUUUCACUGAGUUCAUCACCGCUCUCAGGAAGAGAGAGAAGGAGGACUCCAAGACCAGAGGAGAGAAGGUAAAACAGGACUUCUUUGAGCUGCUUGGUGAGCACCAUAUAGAGGGGGGCCAGCGCUGGAGCAAAGUAAAGGAGAGGCUAGAGACGGACCCCCGCUACAAGACUGUGGAGAGCUCAGCUCUCAGGGAAGAGCUUUUCAAACAGUACAUGGAAAAACAGGCCAAGAGUGUGGACAUUGAAAAGGAGCGGGAGUUGGAGCGCCAAGCUCGCAUCGAGGCCAGUCUGCGAGAGAGGGAGCGUGAGGUGCAGAAGGCUCGAUCGGAGCAGACCAAAGAGAUCGACAGAGAAAGGGAGCAGCACAAAAGGGAGGAGGCCAUUCAGCAUUUCAGAGCCCUCAUGUCUGAUAUGGUGCGUUCUUCAGAUGCAACGUGGUCAGACACGCGUCGCAACCUGCGCAAAGACCACCGGUGGGAAUCAGCCUCACUUUUGGAGAGAGAGGAGAAAGAGAAAUUGUUUAAUGAACACGUAGAAGCGCUAGCCAAGAAGAAAAAAGAGCACUUCAGACAGCUACUGGAUGAGACCAGCAUGAUCACACUGACCACGACAUGGAAGGAAGUAAAGAAGAUUAUAAAGGAGGACCCCCGCUGCAUCAAGUUCUCUUCCAGCGAUCGGAAGAGGCAGCGAGAGUUUGAGGACUACAUCAAAGACAAAUACAUCACAGCCAAAGCUGACUUCAGGACCCUCCUCAAGGAGACAAAGUUCAUCACCUACAGAUCAAGGAAGCUGAUACAAGAGUCAGAGCAGCAUCUGAAAGAUGUCGAGAAGGUUCUACAAAACGAUAAGCGCUACCUGGUCCUGGAGUGCGUUCCAGAGGAACGCAGGAAGCUCAUCAUGUUCUACAUCGAAGAUCUGGACCGCCGUGGGCCACCCCCUCCUCCCACCGCCUCUGAACCCACACGACGUUCCACCAAGUGACCUGUUGAAUCACCUUGUGGCCGGUGCCCUUCUCCUCUCUGCUCCACCCAACCUUCAGCCAGAGCAUGACCCCCUAAUCCCUUGACCUCACAUCCUUCCUCUAGGCCCUAAGGCUGGCCUUCCAGAGAGCAGUGUUAUCGUUGGGGCUUAUGUUGCUUAGAGAUGUACCAUAGAGAAGUACUGGUAAAGUCUCUGUGUUAUGUCACCAUGUAGCCCUGAACUAGCCCUGUGUCUAAGGCAACAGCAGGGAACGGAGGUUACCUGAUCUCAGGUUAACCUUUGACCCCUUCACCUCUGACUGACUGCAUUAGAGGGAGGGGUUUUGUGAUAUGACUGCUGCCUCAGCAGCCAAUUAGGUGUAAGAUAGCUGAUGUAAAUGAAAUUCUGUAUGUGUGUGAAUGUGUGUGUGCGUGCGUGUGCGUGAGGCGUCCUUAAGCCUUAUUGCUCCACUGUGCCAGUUAUUGGCUCAGUGUGAAUGUUUGUUUCUGCUCAGUGGUUUACUCUGAUGUUGCAGCAGUUUCUCUGUUGAAAAUAAAGGCAACUUCCACUGUUUUUU